CAUUCUAACCUCACAAACACGGCUUUGAUUAGGAGUGUUUUCAAAAUUUGUGCGGAAUUUUCGUAACAUUUGCCCCGAAAUUGGAGUGUGUUCUUGGAAAAAAGUUGCGAGUUGAUAAGCAUUUACAACGGUGCAUCAAGGGAGAAUAAAGGACUCUACACGGCUUCCGGAUUUAGCUGAAAAAAUAGGAUUAUAAAAUCCAUCAUCACUCUGGAUAGCUGGAAGCACGACUUUUACCCGCAUCGGAUAAGAAGAAAAUCGGAUUUUUCGUGUGGUGCCUACGGGUUGGAUUAACGCAUCUUAGACGGUACGAGACCAUCAGCAGGAUCAGAACGAUUACGAGUUUGAAGGUUUUAAAAUAAUAUGAAACAACAUUCGAACUAGGAAGUCAUCUGAUAAAGGAUUAUCUUUUGCUGGAGUAGGAAAAAUACCAGAAUCAAAGCAAAACAUUGCGGAAAUCGAUCCGAGCAACUGUCUUAACCAAUCCUUCGGGUGGUUAUGUGCAACAUGAUUGAAACCACCAACAAAACCAGCGACCAGGUCGUCGAGGAAGAGGACGAUUCCAAGCUACCGAUUUCCUUCGUCUACGCUCGGCACCUGGCUAAAAUUGAAGGAGUAAACUGCAUCACACAGAGCUGGCGCGUGAAAGAACGCAUGAAGACGGUCAGCGUUGCGCUGGUGCUUUGUCUCAAUAUCGGUGUCGACCCACCGGAUGUGGUCAAAAUACAGCCCUGCUCCCGGCUCGAAUGCUGGAUUGAUCCAUCGUCCGUUUCGCCCCAGAAGGCGAUGGAGUUGAUUGGAAACAAUCUUCAAAAACACUAUGAGCGUUGGCAACCGAGGGCCCGCUAUAAACAUUCUCUGGACCCCACAGUGGAAGACGUCAAGAAAUUAUGUACCUCAUUGCGUAGAAACUCGAAGGAAGAACGAGUUUUGUUUCACUAUAACGGCCACGGAGUUCCGCGUCCGACAGUGAACGGUGAAAUUUGGGUAUUCAAUCGUACCUAUACCCAAUAUAUUCCGCUAUCCAUCUACGACCUUCAAACUUGGAUGGGGGCUCCAUCGAUAUACGUCUAUGAUUGUUCCAAUGCCGGAAUCAUAGUGAAUAGUUUUAACACAUUUGCCGAACAGCACGAGAAGGAAAUCGAACAAAUGCGCGCUCGUAGCGGUAGCACAGCAGGCCACUCUGAUCCGGAAGCGAAUCGGAACUCACCAUCGCCACCGGUUGUUGGUGCAACGACCUAUAAAAAUUGCAUUCAACUUGCAGCCUGUGCAGGUAAUCAAAUUUUACCGAUGAAUCCACAACUACCGGCGGAUUUAUUUACCUCCUGCUUGACUACUCCGAUUCGGAUAGCACUGAAGUGGUUCAUUCUGCAAUCUACUUCCAAACUCGUUCCACAUGUCACCGAGGACCUGAUAGAGCGCAUUCCCGGUCAGCUUAAUGAUCGCCGAACCAUGCUCGGUGAGCUGAAUUGGAUCUUCACCGCAAUCACCGAUACUAUCGCAUGGAACACGCUACCCCGUGAUUUGUUCCAGAAACUUUUCCGGCAAGAUCUUCUGGUGGCAAGUCUGUUUCGCAAUUUCCUGCUAGCGGAAAGAAUACUUCGCUCGUAUGAUUGUACACCGAUUUCCAGUCCCCCGCUGCCACAAAGCUAUCGGCAUCCGAUGUGGUCCGCCUGGGAUCUUGCACUGGAUCUGGCCCUGUCACAGCUGCCCGACAUUCUGGAGAAACACAAACGCUUUAAGCAUUCGCCAUUCUUCGAAGAACAGCUAACGGCAUUCCAAGUUUGGCUGGAAGGCAGCUCCGGCUAUUCGGAACGAAGCCCACCGGAACAACUACCGAUCGUGCUGCAGGUUCUCCUCUCCCAGGUUCAUCGACUGCGUGCCUUGGAGCUGUUGGGCCACUUCCUGGACUUGGGUCCGUGGGCCGUUAACUUGGCGCUGAGUGUUGGCAUUUUCCCGUACGUGCUGAAACUGCUGCAAAGUUUAGCCAAAGAGCUAAGACCAUUCCUGGUGUUUAUAUGGGCCAAGAUUUUAGCUGUCGACGGUACCUGUCAAAUAGAUUUGAUCCGCGAUCAGGGUCAUAAAUAUUUCCUGGCAGCCCUGCAAGACACCACUCCUUGCCAAGGAUUCAAGGGAAAUCAUCGAGUGUAUGCCGCAUUUGUUCUCGCAAAUAUUGUACACAACUUUCCUAUCGGUCAAGCGAAUGCCCUUCAAGGUCAGCUGGUUUCCAUUUGCUUGGAUCAGCUUAAUGACGAGAAUCCUAUUUUGCGACAGUGGCUCGCUAUUUGCUUAGGACAUUUGUGGCAAAACUACGAACAAGCCCGUUGGUCUGGAGUGCGGGAUAACGCCAACGAAAAACUCUAUCCUCUGUUGAGCGAUCCUAUUCCUGAAGUUCGAGCAGCUGCUGUUUAUGCGCUGGGUACCUUCAUCAGUUCCGUUACAAAGCGUUCCGAUCAUGCAAACAAUAUAGAUCGCUCGACCGCAAUGCACCUAUUCACCACUGUAUGCAACGAUAUGAGUCCGCUGGUUCGAAUGGAAUUGAUAGCUUCCCUCCAAUGGAUGGUACGCUUUUUUGAAACUCAGUUUGUGUCGGUCUUUCUCCAAGAAACAGCCGGUGGUCACCACAGUGCUUUCAACCACCAAUACCAUAGCCAUAGCCUAGAACGAAUGAAACGUGUUUCCAGUUCAAGCAAUAUAAUAAACGUUGGAAAGAACGCAGUCAGUGUUGGAUCUAUUUACCAAAAAAUGUGGAACGGGCUGAACGCCUUAGCAAAGGAUCCCUUUCCAGCAGUAGCUUCCAUGGCGCAAAAGGUCGUAGAACACGUUGGCAAACAAGGCUACGAGCUGGCCAAGGAAGCGACGAGCUCGGAAAAAAGUUUUGGCAGUAUGAGCCUUCCGCCUUCUCCCAACACAAGAAUCAACUAUCUGGGAGGAGAAUCACCCCCUCUUCACGGCCCCUUAAAUCAAUCCGCACACCACACACCGGUUCCGAACAAGAAAAAAAUUAACCAAAUGAACGAUAGCGUCGAUAUGUCUGGAUCCACACAAAAUUUCGCAACCCCGAAUCACACAGCUUCAACCGCAGAACAAAUGCCUCCACCGCAAACGCCUCAAUCGGCGGCGCAACCUCAACCGCCAUCAUCUACCACCAUCACCCCGAUCGUGACCACCAACUACAUCGAUUGGUCCGUCAGUUUCUUUGCCCGGUCCUCCAAACUGCUUAACGAAGGCAAGCUGAACGUGAAGGAUCAGAAUUCGACCGAGUUCCUGGACCGGCAGUCCCGUUGCUUGAGAAAUCGUAUCGUGCGGGAGGAAGGUCGGGAGCAGCAACGGCGAGCCGUGUUCGGUCGGCUCGAUACGCAAAGCUGGAGCUGCCGAACCCAACAUACCCCAACCCUGGUGAAAAUGAACCCCUACGAUGAUCAAAUCGCUGUGGCUUAUAGGGAUCGCGUAACACUGCAGGACUGGAGCACCGACAUCACCAGUUCAUUCAUACUGUUCAAGCAACAACCUUCGCAAUACUAUCAAACUGUGUUCCUGGACCAGAAUCGGUUCCAAAGCAGCACUCCUCAGGUGAUGGUUUCGUCGCUGGAUUUUGUCAAUGCCCACGACGUUGGGCUGGUGCUGGUCGGCUACAGUGACAGCGUGAUACGGGUGUGGCGACCGGCGGAUACCAACCGGGAGGCGGCCCUUGUCACCGCCUGGCAUGGGCUGUUCGACUUCAAUUCUCCUUCCACGGCCAAGGUGGGAACGAGCGAACUGGGACUGGUCAUGGCCUGGCAUCAGAAAACUCAAACCAUAAUGGCUGCCGGAGAGGCCAAGUACAUUCGUCUUUGGGAUGCCGAGAGCGAGUCGAAAGUCUGUGAUAUUCCCAGUGGAUCGGAUACCACGAUCAUCAAGUUAUCGUGUGCUCCGAAUGGAAUAUUUGCUGCAGGUUGUAAUGAUGGCAGCGUGCGGUUGUUCGAUCGUCGAAAUCCUCCGUCGGAAGCACGCAUUGCCACCUUCCGGGAACACAUGAAUCCAAUUCUGACGGUUUGUUUGCGGGAUGAUUGUGAAAGUCUAGUAUCGGCUUGUACCACCUCCACGGUGCGAUUGUUCGAUAUACGGAAGACCGCAGCGUCGGUGCAAUAUUGGAACGCUGGAUCGGAUGUUUCGGCCAUGAGUAUCCAUUCGAGUGCAGAUAUUGUGGCCUGCGCCAGCAAUGUCAUUACAAUUUACGGUCUGGAUGGUAAAAGCCUAAACACCAUUCGAUGUAACGAAGGAUUCAUGGGCAGCAAGAAAGGAGUCACUUCGUGUUUGUCUUUCCACAAACAUAAGAUCAGUUUGGCCGCCGGUUUCAACGAUAACACUGCGGCCGUAUUCGUUUCUGAUCGGAAAUAAAUGGGAAGCAGCGACUGCCUCCAGCUUUAGCACGUGUGAUAUUGCUUCGAUUAAGCUUCAAAAGUGUAACCACAUUCGCAAAAUUGAAGAAAGCCUAAAUGUGUGAGCUAGAUGGUGUCUAGCUGAACAAAUACAUUCGCUGUACCUAUGUGAGAUUCCUGGCAGGAAGCAACAAAAGAAGCCCCGUUUAUCAAACCGUUACCCAAAGUAUCGGCCCAGUUUACGUUGUUAUGAAUGUCGAGUUAGGUUAUCCUUCCAUUUUACGUUAGACAAUUUUUUAAACACCACAGUGUGUGGCUGGUAAAAGACACAUUAGCAAGGAAACCAUUAACAUCCAUGCUUUUCCUUGAUCAUGUGAAUGAUGAUUUUCGAUGUGCACUAUUCAAUCAAACUAUUUUAAAUAUUACGCUUAUUAUAGCCGAGUUUCAUAAAUAUGUACAUCAACACUUGAUAUCAAAUUUUGUUUCCAAACCAGUACCCGACAGUUUAAAAGAAAAUUUAUAUACGAAUAUAUAUUCACAGAUUGUGACAAUUAUACACAGCAUACACACACAAACCACACGCUUCAACAAUAACAAAGAAACUGAGAACAAACAUUAAAAAUCUAUUGGUGCCGCCAUAAUGUUAAGCCUAAACAAAUACGCGAAAUCAAACAGCAUAUAAUUGUAGAAACCUACUGUAGGAAGAGAAAAUUGUUGCUAUCCUGCAUAUUAAAACGUUACACAGAAUAACUAUAGCUCCGGAAAUGCAAUCAUUUCCUCUGUAGAACACACACUUUUCCUUUUCCUAUUUAUUGACGGAUGAAAAUCUAUAUGGAAAUAAAACCGUAAAUCAUUUCAAAUAAUAUGCAAUUGUUGAAAUUGGUAUUGCUGUUGCUAUGUUAGGUUGCAAUGUUAUUGUGUACAGUAACCCAUCCUAUUGUGAAUUAUGUAAAGAAUAUACCUUUCUUUUUUUUUGUAUUCAGAUGUUUAUAUUUCAAGGUAAAUGCUAUGAGUUUUAGUGCUACUUGCAAUGCAAGGUAGAAGAAGAAAAACAUCUUUUCAACUGUAAUUAUUGGAUGUAUGAAUCAUUUACACCGAAAAAAAUGCUCUUGGAUAUAUUUUAUGAUUGUAUAAUUGAUUCAGCUAAUAUAAUAUACAGAAGACCGAUCGCUAAUGUCA